AUGGGUCACAGCCUGGAGUGCUACAACUGUAUUAACCCAGCUAAUGGCUGCACUACCACUGUCAAUUGUUCACGUAAUCAAGAUGCUUGUCUCAUCGUUAAAGCCGUGCCAAUGAAAACUUACUACCAGUGUUGGAUGUUUGACCAUUGCAAUUUCGAAGCCAUUGCGAAAGCCUUAGAUGAGAAGGAGCUUAAGUACCACUGCUGCCAGAAGAACCUGUGUAACAAAAGUGACGGGACGAGUAUAUCAGGGAAAACAGCUCUGCUGGUCAUCCUGCUGCUGGUGGCGGUCUGGAGCUUUUGUCUCUAA